AUUCUCUGCCCCGUGAGUGGCGGAGGCGGAGGCUUGUCAGCCGUAUGAGCGAGUCGACCUCCUCCGCCCGUGAGUCCCGGCGUCCCGCGGCCCACUCCCCGAAGCUCCGCCCCCUCCCCCGCUACUGGGGAUGGACCGCACAUUCCUCACACUCCGGAUCUCGGUAGUACCGAAUAGCCGCGGCGGAACGAAAAGGAGCCGAGGACACGACGGAUUUGUACGGCACAUGAAGAGUGUCAAGGGCACGUCAAUGUUGGGUCGAGGUGUGAAGCGGAAGUGGAGCAGCCUGGAGGGUUCAGAGGCCGAGCAGCUCCCCGACGCCGCAGCGACGGAGGACAAGAGGCUGGACGCGGCGUUGGAGGACUCAGAGGAGGAGGACAGAGGGGACCGACGGUCCAGGACCGACGCCGGCCACCUGCAGCAGCGGCAGCUGGUGCUCAGCCUCUGCCUGAAGAAGCUGCAGCACUACCAGGCCGGCGUGGAGCUCAGCCUGCGGCGCUCCGUGCUCCUCAUCAACACGCUCAGGCAGAUCCAGGAGGAGAUGCAGAGCGACGGGACGGAUGUGCAGCUCGGCGGCGUGAGCCGCGACGCGCGCCUCCUCAGGGACGACUUCAGGGAGGACGAGUCGGUCACGUGCCCCGGCUGCACGGAGGGAGACGCGGAAAGCCCGUCUCCCCCGCCGUCCCCUGAACCGACAAACACCACACCCACUGACCUACAUAAACCCCUGCCCAACGUUGUCGGUCACACCUUUAGCGAUGCGGGAAGCGCCAUGGGCUACCUAAGUGACCUCGCCCUGGACGAUAUCUUCGAGGACAUCGACACGUCCAUGUACGAGUCUUCGGAGCUGCCGUCCGCCUGGGCGGCCGGCUCCCUGUGGCCGGUCAGCGUGUCCUUCUGGCCCAACGACGACGACGUGAAGCUGUGUUCCUCGGCGGGAAGCCUCCAGUCGUGUCUGCUGGACCUGAACGAACUGGACCACAUCAUGGAGAUUCUGGUGAAGUCCUGAUCUCCAUGACAUCGUCAGGUGCAGCCGGUUGGUCAGGGGUGUGAUGGUUCUGGAUUCUGGACAUUUCACACUCUGAACAUGUGCAGACAUGAAGCUGAAUGACGCUCAUCCCUCGUUAACGAGGAACCACAUAUGCACUUAUUGCUUGUGCCUCAAAGUAGACAAGAAAUAUUUAUCACAACUUUAGUAUAAUUUGCAUAUGAAUGGUAGAUGCACUGAUCCACUUUUUUCACAACCGAUGACAAUGCCGAUAUCGAUACUGAUAUCUAAGGUUCAGAUCCGAUCCGAUGCAGAAAAACAGCUGAAUUGACUUAAAAUGUUUUGUUUUUUUAAACACAGAGAUAAAAUGUGCGGAAUUACAAAUGUAUUUGCUAACUCUGCACCGGUACAGCUCACUGAAUUACACCAAUAGCUUGACUAGCUUGGUCAAAUAUGGAAAAACAUUUGUUCAGUCAGUGUAAUUAGGCGUGGAACAGCUGAUAAAACUGAUAAAAACAACAGGUUGACUAUUUUAGUCGAACAUGUAAAAACCAACUGCAGCAGACCUUCUUUAAAAUGGUUCAGAAAGAGAAAUUGGGAAUUCUAAAUAUAAUGUAAAAUAAAUAAUAAAGCAGCAAACAUAGAAUUUGACUGAGUAGAUCUGCCUUUAUUGAUUGGGCACAUUGUCCCUGAUAGCCGAUCUAGAAUUUUUCUUUCAAUAUUUGAACCGAUAUGGAUAUUAAUGUGGGAUCAGUGCAUCUCUAGUAUGAACAUUUAUGUACAUGCAGGCGUUGGCUUAUAUGGGAGUCUCACAGUAUGUUAACCUUGAACAGAACAGUUGAACAGUUUUAUGCGGUUGUGACGCUCCUUUAUGUUUCCACAUGCUGAUUGUUCAAGUUUUACGUGACUGGAAUUAUUUUCGAAAAUCUGAAAAUGUUUUGUUUUUUUGUUUGUCUUUUUUAAGCGGUGGAAAAUGCAGUAGCCUUCUGUUAGCCAACAGUAGGGCUGUGUUCAGAAACAAGUGGGGGAGGGCUGCAGGCUCUGUUUCGCUCUGCAGUACAGUUUUGACCGGAAACAUUUGAACAUUUUGGACUCGGUGUCAGGUUUUCGAUUUGAGAUCAGCAGAUUUGUAGGCGACACUAUCCGUGAAGUCGAACUUCUUGUAGCAAAGCUCCUGUUCCGCCUUUACAAGCGGACCAGGAGCUUCUUCACCUUGACAACAGAUUGUUUUAGCAGUGAGGCGCACCAAAGACUAUGCCAUGUUUGUGUUCCUCCACUCAGACAAAGCGUAACUUUUCGGAGAUCUGCUGUAGUGAAGCUCUGUGGGUCAAACGACAGCUGUGGACGAAGGAACCCGAGUGGCCAUGGAAGCUGCGUCACUCAGUCUGUCAGAUCAGAUCUGGGUUGAUAAUUAAUUAAAGUUCCUUCAGUUACUCAAGAGGCUGUGCUUCAGCCAGCCAGGAGGGCAAAGGCCUGACUUUCCUGUUAGUUAUGGGACUGAAAGCUUUCUUUUUAUGGAAUGCCAAAAGCGCCACAAUUAAAAAAAAAAAAAAAAACCUUCAUUAUUGUUUAUCUGUCAUGUUAAAAAUCUAAUUGAAAAUAGAAACAUCAUCUGAAAGAUUAUUUAAAUAUACAACAAACUUGAAUAAUUAUAUUCACAUGUAUUUUUUAUUUAUUUAUGUUAACGCUCCCAGGGCAUCAAGUGCAUAAUUUAAUCUGUGAUGCUAAUCAAAUAAACCUUUGCAUCUGAUUGGUCAAACCUGCACACCAGCUAAACACACCAAUAGUACUAGAGUUUUUAAAUUGCUGUUGUGUAAAAUAACAAAAACAGAAACUAUGAAAACAAAUGAACUUUUUACAUUUUUAAAAUUAUAUUUCACAAAUAAUAUGUUUGUGUCUGAAUUCAUUACACUUGUCAUUUAACAAUUUAUUUAUUAUUUUAGUUGUGGUACUUUCGGACUUCCAUAUACUACACCAACUUGAGCCUUUUUGGAAGAAAAAAAAAAGAGUUGCAGCUGUGUUGUUGAGUAUUUUACUACAAUCAUGUGGUUGAAACAAAAUCCAGAUGUAAUUUUUAAAAAAUGUUUAUUUUUUUGCAUCAAAAAUAAUAAGAGUUUUUCUUCUUUGGUAUGUAAAAGGUGAAAAAUUGGGUUUGUUGGAAUGUUUUAAUCUAAUGUUAUUUUUUUUAUUUAUGACUGAUAAACCGGCCUCAAACUGCAGUAGAUGUGCGAGUUUAUUGUGUGAGUGUAAGUUUAGCUUAUAAUGUUAGUUUGUUUUGGUCUCUUGGUGCAAUGGCUGCUGUUGACACAAACCUAGCAGUUAUUGUUAUGGCAGCUUGUGUUUUGGGAAAAUCCAGCAUUACAUACAAGCAGCAAAAUCAUGAACUGUUAAUUUUUUUUUUUUUUUUAGAGAAAAAUGUAAUCCCAGCUGUGAUUGACAAUAGGAAACUUAGCCAUGUCCUAAAAUUGUAAAUUACAACAUUUAAGCCUA